UGAGUUUAGAGAUGAAGUAAGAAAAGAACCCCCAGAAAUUGCAACCAAAGAUCCAGAAGAACACAAAGUCGAAGCUAUACUAGACAAGAGAAUAUACUACUAUCGCCUACAGUACUUAGUAAAAUGGAAAGGUCACCCACUAUACGAUGCUACUUGGAAACCCUUGACUAAUCUUGAAAAUUACAAAGACUUGGUAAAAGAGUUUGAAAAAACUGGUAAAACUGUUUUAAAUGAGGGAGAGUGUAAGGAAACCAUCGGGUUACAUAGUACUAUGCACAUGUUGUAUAACGAACGUGACUACUCACUUUGGAUGAGUUUUAUGUAA